GUAGUCGGCCGGUGAACCUCAACUCGGCCAUUGGACACUCGGCCAAGUCGGCACUCUCGCUCCGUUUCCCCUCAAGCCACCUCGUCCUCUCGGAACUCAACAGGGAGAGGCGUCGGUCAACUGGGUUACCAGGGGCGCUCAAGCGGCAACGGUCGCAAGUUAGCUCAGCCCAAGUGGAACCCGGAUCCUGACACCGAAAGGCCAGCCACCCACCAAACCCCCAGACCAGAUCUUCAGUGCAGAGGAUCCCCUGGCCACCCCCAAGGCCAGCGGUAAAUUACACAGUAUCUCACUUUCCCUGAACGUGUUGGCCGGUGGUCCAGAUGCCAGCCUUCCAGCAACCCCCCGAUAACGCGGCCUGGGAGUUACCCGUUUGGAGCCGCGACUACUACCCUACGGUCGUGAGCACGCGUAUAUAUCUUGCAAUCGCUCUCCUUCUCAUCGUAGUUGCGUCCCGCGCCCUCAUUCGGCGCGGUCGAGUUUCGCGGAGUUCUGGUCCAGGGUCCCCCACGGCCCACAACCAGCACAAGUCAAGUCAGCUCUCACUCUCAUCCCCGUCUGCACCAGAAAAGGACCUGCAAGGGUUAACGGCCAAGCUCGAGCCUCACCCUGGCUGCCUGCCGGCUCAAGCAGACUGUGCGCAGGCACACAGGGCCCUGAGUAUCGUACCGAGCGAGCUCAGGCCUUCGGGAAGGCAGCCAACGAUGGAUGGCACUGACAGUGAGCUCGGUCAGGAUUUCCAGCCAUGGCCAGCAGUCCCGGCGUCAUCACGUGGUAUCAGCAUCAGCAACCCGAAACCGCGUCACGAUACCACCCCCGCACGUUUGAUCUCCGUGGCGGUAAAAGGGAGAACAAGACGCAGCCGCUCGCCUGCCGGCUCUUCUCGAGCGUCUUCUGCGAAACGCCAUAGCGGGAGCUCAGAUGGGUUCGACAGCGGUGCAUCCAUUGACAAAGGGAAGAGGUCGACAUCGGGGCUCGGGCCGAGCUUGGAGCGGGCGGGAGAAGCGAGGCCUUCCGCUUCGCAGUUCGACGACAGCGGCGAGUUUCGUCCGGGGCCCUUUCAAGACAAUUCGUUCCUUGGCCUGGACCUUUCCGUUCCCAGACGCUUCUCGCGCCCUCCUCCUCCGCCGCCCUUGACGCCCCCGACGCUCAGCAGCGCCGGUUUUCCCUUCGAGGACCGCCGUCCGAGCCGUGCCGCCUCGAUAUCUCCGGCUCGGGAUACGAGCUUCAUCCACCAGCCCAACCCAGAGUACGGCGCUGCCGCCUCCACGUCCAGCGGCCUGCCUAGCUCCAGCCCCCUGAGCGCCGCAGCCCUUCCGCGCCGCAGGUCCUACACCAGAAGCGUACCCAUCGGCAUCCCCGUCCCAACCACGAACGCGUCCGCCCCCUCGUCGUCUGGAACCAUGACGACCCCGGGGAACAGCAGCCACGCCUUCUCGCCGUCGAGCUACCCGCCCACAUCCCCGCUGCUCCCGCCCCCGCCGCCGGGCCAGUACGACUACUACAAGACGCCGCCUUCCGCACCGCCCGAGUACGAGUUCGUCGGCGGGCCCGGGGGGCCGGGCGUGUUCCUCUCGCAGCACGAGAUCGAUCUGCAGGGCGAGAUCAUCUCGGUCGUGGACGACGCCGGGCACGGGUGGACACGCCACACGCGCGUCUAUGGCGGCGGCGUGUGUCUGGCCUGCGCGGCGGCCGCCGCGCGGGACGGCGGGCAGGGCGGCUUCUACGGGGAUAAAGUGCCGCUGGAGGACCGGCGGUAGCUGGUCGGUUUCUGGUAGGCGGCGUUGCAAUCGCGGGAUGCCCCCGUAGAGAAGGGGAGGGGUGGGGUUCGGGAGAUUGACCGGAGGGGAGGGGGAAGUUGGAGUCGGUUGGAUAUCUGCGUGUAUCUGCGGCUGCCGGCUUGUUGGUCUGGUGUUUUUUUCUGGGACAACAGGAAGUGGUGGGCUCUCUCUCCCAGCAACACACUACGGACGACAGCAGAAAGCC